GAGUAGCCUACUUCCGCGGUGCUCCCUCAGUAGUACGCUUCGCGUCGAUUGGCGCGCGCCCCCGAACGAAGACCCCCUCGGCUUUACGCGCGGCGUCCGGUGACGUCAGGCGGGGCUCGCGGGCGGACGCGUCGCGUUCCCUCGUUCGCCGCCUCGACAGCGCGCGCGCUUCCUGACUCGGUCUUCCGAUGGAUUGGGACCACCUCCUCGCUGGCGUCACAUCGCGCCGCUACAAAAAGCUGAUGGAGGCGGCGGACGCAGUCGGAGCGGAACGCGUCGCGUCGAGAUGAACGCCUUCAGGAGCGCGCUGCGGAAGACGUCGGGCUGCGGGCGGCGCGGGCUGUGCUGUAAGGCCGAGCCGAGCUUUGGGCUGCUGUUCGACAUCGAUGGCGUUCUCGUGCGAGGAAGGACUCCCAUCCCGGCGGCCAAGAGAGCCUUCCAGAAGCUGGUGGACGCAAAGGGACAGUUCCUGGUUCCGGUCGUCUUCGUCACGAACGCCGGCAACUGUUUACGACAGAAGAAGGCAGAUCAGCUGUCUCACCUGCUGGGUGUUCCUAUCUCUCAGGACCAGGUCAUGAUGUCUCACAGCCCCUUGCGAAUGUUCAAGAAGUAUCAUGACAAGUACGUGCUGGUGUCUGGACAAGGGCCCGUGCUCGACAUCGCCAAGAAUGUGGGCUUCACGAACGUGGUCAGUAUCGACAUGCUGCGCGAGUCCUUCCCUCUGCUGGACAUGGUGGAUCACAACCGACGGCCCAAGCUGCCGUCCGCUCCUGUGGUGAACCUCCCCAGAGUUGAAGCCGUAGUUCUGUUCGGGGAGCCCAUUCGGUGGGAAACCAACCUGCAGCUCAUCACUGACGUCCUUCUCACCGACGGCAACCUGAGCAACGCCUAUGAAACCACGCACUCCGCUCACCUGCCGCUGCUGGCCUGUAACAUGGACCUCAUGUGGAUGGCGGAGGCGCACUCACCGAGAUUUGGACACGGCACUUUCAUGGUGUGCUUGGAGAGCAUCUACAAGAAGAUCACUGGAAAAGAGCUGAAGUACGAGGCCCUCAUGGGGAAGCCCAGUGAACUGACCUACCAUUUCGCCGAGUUCCUCAUCAGAGAACAAGCCGCAGAGAGAGGCUGGAGGGCACCCAUCAGAUCCCUGUAUGCCAUCGGGGACAACUUGAUGACUGAUAUCUAUGGUGCCAACCUCUACAACCGCUACCUCGAGGACCGGGUGGCCAGGAAGACCACCAAAGCGCUGGCCAACAUGGUGACCGGAGCAGGGACGCCCGCCAGCGUCCCUCAGGAGGUGGACAUGGACAACGGCUGGGAGAGCGAGCUCGCGGCGCCCUCGGCCACCUCCUGCAAGUCCAUCCUGGUGUGCAGGGGCGUCUACAACCCCCACAUGGAGCUACCUAAAGACGCCAGCCAGUGCAUCAAAGAGACCGUCUUCCACGGCCACCGCGACUUCCGCUUCGACCCCGCUCUGGUGGAGCCCGAGAAGAUCGUGGAGGACGUGGACGCCGCUGUCGAGCUCGUCUUUGAGAUGGAGAAGUUCGGGACAGCGGUUUAGUUGUCUUUCCAUUUUACCUUGCGUUCUACGGAGACAGAACCUCCACGAAUAAGCACAACGCACAACUGAGAACACAGCGAUCUUUAAAGAUCUCGUGCCAUUUUAGCUUUACCGGAUAGCAUGAUUUCAUUUUAACUGUAAAGUGUUUGUGGUCCAACGGUAUUUUUUUUUUAUGAGCUCUGACUGAACAGAUUUUGCAUAGAAGGGCGUUCAGGCCACAGAGUCGUGAGAAACACAGCCUUCCUGCUGUAGAGCGAUUAAAGUAAGGGCAAAGCUGUGGCAAUGGAUUCAAUUUGGUAGCUGCUCUUCUGCAUCCCGGGAUUGUAAGGGCUAUCCGUCUGCCUGAACGUCUUAUUAUUUUUUUAAUAGACCGUCGUAGACCAUUAGAACCUUUCAAGGCAGUUUACAUUAAAAUCACAUUACAGUAUUCCUGGUUUGCCAUUUUAUCUGUACAGGUCCCUUAAAUAUGGUUAAAUGUGUUAUACUUCAUAAUAAUUCAACAUAUUGUUACCUUCAUUGUGCCAGAUAGUUGAGUUGGUUGUUACAUUGUUAAGCCUACAUUCUUUUUUUUUGAAGGUUAUUUAUGUUUGUUUUAGUUACUGUUACACUGUAACGUUAUGGUGAGAUUUGCACUGAGACGAAACAAACUUGUAGAAAAUAAAGGCCAUUGACUUGGA